CGGAGAGGGAGGGAGGAAGGGAGGGAGAGAGAGAAGGCAGAUGCCAGCGGAGAGAGGGAGACAGACCGAAUUCUGUCCGGUGGGCAUAACGGCUCCAUCGGCCCUUCAGCUCGGACGCGUGGUCAAGAGCCCAGCUGUGAAGAUCUUCCCCAGUGGAAUAAGAGGACUUCUCACCCUGGGACGACAAACUGACAUCCCUCACCCAGAACUAAAGCUGGUAAUGAGAGAGGGACAGGGCUGCCAGGCUGAGUGGCUUUAAGAGGUGCCCCCCCCCCCUGGUGUGUGUCAGAGGAACUGCGACUGUGAAAUACAGGUACUGAAGGGGACGAGGAACCUGAGCCUUGGCGCAGACUGCAAACUGCCGUUACUCCGAAGUCUAUGGUCCACUGACCCCCCCGCCCCCCUCCCUUCCAGACAAUAUGUGGUGCCUUCAGCUGCUGUUGUCCUUGUUGAUGAUCAUUAAAGACGUCAGUUCCCAGUGGAACGUCUGGAUGCCGCGGGACAUCUCCACCAUGACCAACUCCUGCGUGGUCAUCCCGUGCACCUUCAUGUACCCCUCGGGCGUCCGGCCCUACCGGGGCGUGCACGGCAUCUGGUACUUCGGCCAGCCGUACCCGCAGUUCUUCCCGCCGGUGGUCUUCAAGUCGCGCACGGACAUCGUGCACGAGAGCUACAAGGGGCGCACGCGGCUGCUGGGCGACCUGGCGCAGCGCAACUGCACGCUGCGCAUCGGCAGCGUGGGCACCGAGCACGCCGGCCGCUACUACUUCCGCGCCGACCUCGGCGGCGCCAACAUCUUCACCUACCCGGACUUCUCCGAGCUCAAGGUGCUCGACCAGCCCAACAUCGACGUCCCCGAGGAGAUCGUGAGCAACGAGAACCUGGAGCUCACGUGCUACGCGCCGGACAACUGCCCGGACGUGAGCCCCGAGAUCACCUGGCUGUACGCGGAGUACCUGCCCGACCCGCAGUUCGUCUCCGACUACCUGGAGGAGAGCAACACGGCGGUGCUGUCCAGCACGCUGGCCUUCGUUCCCCGGCCCAUGCACAACGGAAUGAUGCUCGGCUGCAGGGUGCACUUCCCCAACACCACCUUCGCCUACGAGAGGCUCAUCACCCUCGACGUCAAGUACCCCCCUCGCUCGGUGUGGGUGAACGUGACCCAGGAGGUCAUGGAGGAGAGCUCGGUGACCCUGUUCUGCGAGGUGGACAGCAACCCCGUCCCGCGCGUCAGCUGGCUUUUCGAGGGGGAGGUGCUGCUGACCGAAACGGCCCUCAACGCCACGCUGGUCCUGGAGGGCCUGGACCCGUCCCAAGAGGGCCUGUACACCUGCGUGGGGGACAACGGAUAUGGCACCAUGAACAGCUCCAUGUACCUAGCUGUCAAGUUCCCUCCUCGGGAGCCCUGGGUGAACAGCUCUCAGACGGUGCUGGAGGGCUCCUCCCUGUCUCUGUACUGCACGACGCAGGGUAACCCCCCUCCCACGCUCACCUGGCUGAAGGACGGCGUGCUGGUGGGGACCAUCACGGCGGAGGAGGAGUCGGUGCUGGAGCUGGAGGAGCUGACGCCCCAGAGCGACGGGGUGUACCGCUGCCUGGCGGAGAACGAGCACGGGCGAGCCAGCAGCUCGCUCAACGUCACCGUCGAGUUCGCUCCGGUCUUGCUGGAGGAGUCCAAGUGCACGGUGGUGAGGGAGGGGGUCCAGUGCGUCUGCAUCGCCUCGGGCAACCCCGAGCCCACGGUGGAGUUCCACCUGCCCGACCUCAACCUCACCGUCAACGAGUCGGAGAAGCGCUUCAGCUUCUACGCGCACACGGACGGCCACACCACCACCGGCAUGAUCAAGCUGCGGGAGAAGGCCCACCAGGGCGGCGACGGAGGGGCCGGGGUCAACGUGCACUGCAGCGUCAGCAACGUGUACGGCUCCGACACCGUGCGCCUGGAGCUGCAGCAGGAGAAGAAGUACAUGAUGGCGGUAAUCGUGGGCACCAUUGGUGGAGUGGCGGUGAUCGCUUUCAUCAUCGCAGCCGUGAGAUAUGUGGGCCGUAACAACAAGAAAGAGAAUGGAAUCCCGGGGCAGGACCUGGGUUCUAAGCUGGAGAACCCCUCCCUGUUCUACAGUGCAGUCAAGAAGGACAAACAGAGUCUGAGGAAGAAAGUGCUAAAGACCGAGCUUUUGGGGUCAAAGUUUAGCUCGAUCCUAGAGGAGAGCUCCACGGGAGAAGACGGCGACUACCAGCCGGUGAGUGCCAUGGCGGCGCUGGAGAGGCAGGAGCUGAACUACGCCGCCCUGGAGUUCAUGGGGGUGCGGCCGCGGGACGGGGCGUCAGCGCAGGGGGACGACGGCAGCGACUACACCGAGAUCAAGGCCAAAUGAAUCCCACUGCUCCCCUGACGCCCCCGUCCCGUCUGUGACACAGGAGGCCCCGCCUCCUCCAGCCCUUUCUCCUGCCUCUCCUUUAGUCCCCCUUCCCGCUCCCUGACCACGCCUCUCCCCCCACCCCCAC